AUGUCGACUUCAAGUACUGCCUCCUCUCCCAUCCAAGGCGUUUGUUACUUUUCCAUCCAACACAACCAACAUUCUUCCUACAACGACGAAACACCUUUGACCACUCCAUUCUCUCCAUCUGGUGAAAACGUCGUCUCUGAUCCGUCAAAUCCAUUGCUCGCUUAUCGACCUUGCUUGCAAUCUCCAUCAACUGUCACGAUUCGCAACAGAAUGGAAUCACUUCUUCAGCUACAAACUCAAGCUUCUCACAUCCCUGCUUCAAGACGACCUCAACCUCGGCCUCUUCAGAAUGUCCUCGCUAUUGGUGACGACUACCUGGACGCAAGUGGACACUCUUCAUCAAGCUCAGGGUCUUCUCAGUCAACAAUGGAAGUCGCUCGUUGCUCACGCUGUCACCGCUCGCAAAGCAUCGACAUGUCGACCGGCAAGGCUGCAAACAUGGUCUCUUAUGGUCUCAACUCUUUCUACUGCCUAAGAUGUGCAAACAUCACUGGCUUCCUGCAACGCCAGUAA